UUAUAUGCAAACGAUCCAAGCCAUGGCUGUAAUCUUCUGAAGGGGCUUUUGACCAUGUACAAAGAUGGCAGAUAUUCUGAUGUCACUUUGAAGAUCAGUGAAGACCGACGGCUUUCAGCUCAUCGUGUUGUUCUGGCCUCUUUUAGUCCUUACUUUGAAGCCUUGUUCGGGAAAAGCUGGGACGAUGGAGAAAAAAAAGAGAUAGAAGUUCUUGGCUUUGACGAGAAUGCUGUCAGCGAUUUGAUCGAAUUCGCAUAUUCGGGCAAAAUUGACAUCAGCAAAGACAAUGUGCAAACUUUGCUCGAGGCAUCCAAUUAUUUGCAGGUGGAGUUUGUCAAGAAAUCGUGCGGAGAUUUUCUGAAAGGUGCAAUCAGUGAUAAAACUUGUUCUAGCAUCUGGCAGCUUGCUGAUUUGUUUGCGCUGGAAGAGCUAAUGAAGGAGGCUAAAAAGCACUUUUUGCUGCAUUUUACUGAAGUCACUCAGAUGGAAGAGUUUUUGUCGCUUCCAAUUGGUUUCCUGAAAGAGAUUCUUGCUGAUGAAGGUAUUUGCGUGGUUAUCGAGAGCCUGAUUCCGUCCAAAGAAGAAAGAGAAAAGGUCGUGUUGGAAGCCGUUUUGAAGUACGUUGAGCAUGAUAUCGACAACCGAAAAACACAUUUUCCAGAAUUGUUAUCUUUAGUACGACUCCCAACUUUAUCAGAGUCUUAUCUGGAAGAAAUCUCAGAACACAAACUUAUUGCAGACUCCAGCAGAGGAAUCAUUUCAAAGGCUCGGAAGCUGAAAACUGAUUCCCCCGAGAAAGAUUCAGCCGAUGAAAUGUGGGCGACCACUCGGGCGUUUGCCAAACCUGCUGUCAGUUGGGGGCGUUCCUUUGCUAAUGGUGGCAACGUACAUCCUGAAACAUCUCAUCACAACAACAAAGAGGCUGCUGAAGAUCUUGGCAGUGACGUCUUCAUAAAGGGAAUGAAACUUUGGAUUCGACGCUGGGAUGGGAGGCCUGUUCUGGGAGGGCUGAAGAUUUUUUAUAAUCAUAACGGUGACCAAGAGAUUAUGAUGGGAAGUGACUCUGAUCAGUUCGAACACCAUGAAUUUCACUUGGAAAAAAAUGAAAGGAUCGUCAAAGUUGAUGUUAAUUCUGGAUGGAUGAUUGACCGCCUCUCCUUUUACACAAACAAGAAAGAUGAAAACGGUUAUCCUCAAUGUUAUGGUCCUUAUGGAGGGAAUGGUGGAGCAUUCUACACUGAGACUCCACCAGGGUCGUAUGGUUUCCUAGCUGGAAUUGGUGCUGCUGUCGUUGACUCACAGGGUGAAGAAGGUAUCACCAGACUUCAGUUUGCAUGGAGGGCAUAUGUGCUUCCUGGUGACCUAGAGCCAAAUAAAAGCAGAUGCAAAGCUAACGAUGGCUUCUAUGAUGAUGAGGAGAGUUAUGAUGAUGAUGAUGAUUAUGACGAUUACGAUGACGACGAAGAUUUUGAUGACUUUGGUGGUAUUCUCGUUGCCGCACAAUGGUCAUAAUGGUUAACAUAAGACUUUGUCUCAAAGUGAUUCCUCAGAAAAAAAAAAAACGUUAUCAAACAAUUUUUUACCCUUUCCUUAAAUGUUUCCUGCAUUGUCUUGAAAAAUACAACAAAAAAGACAGUUCACCGUGCUUGUUCAAUUAAGAGGUAUGAUGGGCCCUAUUCACGUGCGGUAUUCCAUCAGUUCUUGGUACAUUUCGCAGAAGUUGGAAGCAUGGGUUUUAAAGUAUGGAAUAAUAUGGAACAAUUUGUAUAAAAGUUUUGGAAAAGUCACAUAAUUUUAAACAACAUUGGCUUAAAAACUUUCUUGAAUUGUCACUGUCAAGGUCAUAAUUUGCAUUAAGUAACAGGCUUUAUGCAGGCUUCUAGCUAUAUUUGUUUUUCUCCUCAACGAAUUUUUUUUAUUUCUCCGAUUUGAAGGGGAUAAUUAGGACACCGAUAUUAUGAAUAAAAGGUAUAGGUCACUGUGCUCAUGCAAGAGCUAAAGACCAUGGUACCUCUUAUCCAUUAUUUAAAAAACAAUUAUGUGUUUUUGAAAUGAAUGUGCUUAUUUGCCAGUUUAUGCGAGUUUUAUUCAUUAAAAAGGAUAAUGGUUUACAUAAGACUUUGUCUUAGAGUGAUUCCUCAGAAAAAAAAGUUAUCGAACAAUUUCUUUAAACUUUCCUAAAAUGUUCCUUCUUACAAUAAAAAAGAUAGUUCACCUUGCUUAUUUAAUAAACCCUUUAACUCCUAAGAGUGACUAGCAUCAGUCUAAUUUCUCCUUACAGAGGGUCUCCAAUAGCGUUUUUCUUCCCGACUAAAAUUUUUUCUCAAUCCUGUAAUCCCGACGGUUCAUACUGGCCAAUCCCGAUCCCGAUCAUACAAUUUUGUCUUAGUCCAUUUCCUAAACUUAGGAGGGCCUUUUCGUUAGGUGGUGAUUUUCUCAACCACAGCAUUGAUCCGUCGAAGUUUAUGGUCAUCGUAAGAUGAAAGUUCAUCUCUUUUAAUCAAAAUAAUGAUAUCGUUUAUUUUAGAAGUUUUCAAAGUUUUGCGCGAAUAACGUACGCUAGUCCUGGUAACGACCUCCUUCCGUUAAACUUCGAUCACGGACAAACGUAUUAAUACACACAGGUCGGGAUCAAAGAAACAAAUACUUGACGGUUCUGAAUUGCUUAAUAAUUUUUACAAAGCAGCUUAACAAAAACAAUGAAGUUCAGUCCUCAUAGCUACAUCAGCUCUGGCAGAUGUAUAAAACUUUCUAGUAUUGAUUGUGGCAGAUUCAUUCCGGCCCUGAAUUGCAUGAUAGUGACAAUUACCACGACCACGAAUCGAACUGAGGCAUUUUAGUCCUCUCCGGAUGUAUUAAUAAAGAAACAAAGCUAUGCUCAGCUUCGAAAAUGAAGGUAAAAUAUAUUGCCUUUGAUCGCUUGAAACCAACGUGAUUAAACCGAAAGAUCAGGAUUUCUCUUGGUAUAAAAAUCGUCUACACGGCCACUGCUAAGGGACUGUGGACUUCAUCUUUGGUCAGCUCUCUCUCAACGAAGAGCAAUCUGGAAAAUUUUAAUGCAAAUGAUUCAAGUCAUGGUUCCGAACUGCUGAAGGGACUUCAGACCAUGUACAGAGAUGGCAGAUAUUCUGAUAUCCCUUUGAAGAUCAGUGAAGACGGACGGCUUUCAGUGCAUCGUGUUGCUCUGGCUCUGUUAAGCCUUACUUUGAAGCCCUUUUCAGGAAAAAUUGGAACAAUGGAGAGAAAAAAGAAGAUAUAUGACUGAUAUAUGGUUCAUCUGGUUUGGUAGAUCAAUUCAUAAGAUAAGUAAUUUCAAAGAUCUUUUAUUUUAUUGAGGGGGGUGAAUAGGGGUAUGCAAAUCCGUCAAGCCUUUAAAGAAAAUUGUUUAAUCCGAAACCGUGUUCUACUUGUCACGUGGAAAGGUGAAAAACGUACCUUGAGCUGUUGUGUGUUAUAGCUAAACAAUUUUAAAAAAACGUUCUGACACUAUUUAUAGGAUCUUUAACCGCUAACUGAAAGAUCUACCUUUACAUUAGGAAUCUGUUGUUGAUCCUGACUUGUCGUCCAAAGAGUGUCGUGGCCCCCUAAUAGGAAAGUGGACCGUCUGUCAAGUUCAGGAAUGCUUGAAUCUCCAUCUUCUGGUUCCUCGUCUUCGUCUGUACUUGAGUCAUACUCUGGGAUCUCCUCCACAUUCUCGGGGUCACUGUCGCCUGUUUCAACUUCCUCCUCAUUCUUGUUUACUUCAGAAGACUCCAAACCGUCAGACAGGGCCAGGUCGACUCUGUCUUCGGAUAUCUGAAGCUGUCUCUGGUAAAUCGUUUCCAUAACCAAUGAUGCGUUGAACAUUUAUUGCACAUAAACCCAUAUCCGUCAUACUAGAGCUGUGCAUCAUGUAUUCUCUUGGAAUGUGAAUCUGCUAGGAACACAGGCUAUCGGUCAACUAACGCGAUUGCCUGAAUGUGCGCCGUAGCAAGAAAUGGUCCAUUGUUCCGGGUCAACUUUUCCAUUAAGCAUCAAACAAAAGUCCGGAGUUAUUGGUCGUCCUGAGGGACUUUGGCCGAAGGGAGGCGGAAAAGCUCGUAACUGAUCGAGAAAAUUAUCGGAGUAACAAUUUUGCUGCACUGGGGGAGAGGGUAGUGUAAAUAUGCACUGGUACAAUUAAUCUCCAUUGGUGAACCCAAAGGUAGACUUGACCCUCGUUUAGCGCAUCGAGCCAAAGGUUCGAAAAUUCAAAAAUAAUUUAAGUUAUCCGUAUUGCAGUGACUCAUUUAAACCAUCUCUCUCUAUAUGUAAGUCAAGUCGCCCGGUAAAAAGUCAACGCACAAAUACAUUUUUUGGUCUUACUACUGGUGUUAAAUGCAAUCGAAAGUGACGGUUUUCUGUGGGGAGCCUCGAGGCGAUUAAAGACCUUGUUUCUGACGCACAGCGGUUUUCAAACGAGGCGCUUAUUUUUUAGAACCAACAUGUUUACCAAACCAUGAAGUUUACUCGGUGUUUGUCAUGUCCAAGUGAUGCAUAUUCUUCCUCUUUCCUCAUGCUGGCCAUAGUUCGUUAUUAUUUCCCUGAUGCGUGACAUGCAGUGAGUCUCGUCCGGUCGUGACAAAAAAAAUACACAUACCCAGAAACAACGCAUUUCUGACAACCUUUUCAAUCCACGAUUCGAACUUCCUCGCAAGCAAAAUCCAAAAUCCGGACCCAAAAAAUCGAUGAAACUGCGAAUCGCUGCAAGUUCAGGAUCCGCAAAUCCGUUGAAAUUUCGCUCUGAAUCCGAAAUCCGAGCAAAAUAAUUUUCAGAAUCCUCCGAUCCGUUGGCCUAUUCACCCCCCUCUUCAUUGCUUCCCUGACGUCGAAGGACAAUAAGCAAGAAGUAAAAUGUGAGGCCAAUUUUAUUCGAGUGAGAUCUGGUAACUAGUCACCCCGACUUCCGCUUUCGACCAUGAGCAAAGACUCCCAGACCUCGUUGGCGAAACCAAACAUUAGUUUUCCCUUCUCGGAAAAUCUUUAAAAUGGCCACAACGAAAAGAGUUUUACCUUCUCUGGAAAGGUAUUUUUCGACGGAUAUGGAAACUUUACAUGCAAACGAUUCAAGCCAUGGCUGUAAUCUGCUGAAGGGACUUUUGACCACGUACAAAGAUGGCAGAUAUUCCGAUGUCACUUUGAAGAUCAGUGAAGACCGACGGCUUUCAGUUCAUCGUGUUGUUCUGGCCUCUUUUAGUCCUUACUUUGAAGCCUUGUUCGGGAAAAACUGGGCUGAUGGAGAGAAAAAGGAGAUAGAAGUUCUUGGCUUUGACGAGAAUGCUGUCAGCGAUUUGAUCGAAUUCGCAUAUUCGGGCAAAAUUGACAUCAGCAAAGACAAUGUGCAAACUUUGCUCGAGGCAUCCAAUUAUUUGCAGGUGGAGUUUGUCAAGAAAUCGUGCGGAGAUUUUCUGAAAGGUGCAAUCAUUGAUAAAACGUGUUCUAGCAUCUGGCAGCUUGCUGAUUUGUUUGCGCUGGAAGAGCUAAUGAAGGAGGCUAAAAAUCACUUUUCGCGGCACUUUACUGAAGUCACUCAGAUGGAAGAGUUUUUGUCGCUUCCAAUUGGUUUCCUGAAAGAGAUUCUUGCUGAUGAAGGUAUCUGUGUGGUUAUUGAGAGCCUGAUUCCGUCCAAAGAGGAAAGGGAAAAGGUCGUGUUGGAAGCCGUUUUGAAGUAUGUUGAGCAUGAUAUCGACAACCGAAAAACACAUUUUCCAGAAUUGUUAUCCUUGGUACGACUUCCAACUUUAUCAGAGUCUUAUCUGGAAGAAAUCUCAGAACACAAACUUAUUGCAGACUCCAGCAGAGGAAUCAUUUCAAAGGCUCGGAAGCUGAAAACUGAUUCCCCCGAGAAAGAUUCAGCCGAUGAAAUAUGGGCGAGCACUCGGGCGUUUGCCAAACAUGUUGUCAGUUGGGGGCGUUCCUUUGCUAAUGGUGGCUACGUACAUCCUGAAACAUCUCAUCACAACAACAUAGAGGCUGUUGAAGAUCUUGGCAGUGACGUCUUCAUAAAGGGAAUGAAACUUUGGAUUCGACGCUGGGAUGGGAGGCCUGUUCUGGGAGGGCUGAAGAUUUUUUAUAAUCAUAACGGUGACCAAGAGAUUAUGAUGGGAAGUGGCUCUGAUCAGUCCGAACACCAUGAAUUUCACUUGGAAAAAAAUGAAAGGAUCGUCAAAGUUGAUGUUAAUUCUGGAUGGAUGAUUGACCGCCUCUCCUUUUACACUAACAAGAAAGAUGAAAAUGGUGAUCCUAAAUGUUAUGGUCCUUAUGGAGGGGAUGGUGGAGGAUACUACACUGAGACUCAACCAGGGUCGUACGGUUUCCUAGCAGGAAUUGGUGCUGCUGUUGUUGACUCACAGGGUGAAGAAGGUAUCACCAGACUUCAGUUUGCAUGGAGGGUAUAUGUGCUUCCUGGUGACCCAGAGCCAAUGAAAAGCAGAUGCAAAGCUAACGAUGGCUUCUAUGAUGAUGAGGAGAGUUAUGAUUAUGACGAUUAUGAUGAUGACGAAGAUUUUGAUGGUUAUGAAGAUUAUGAUGGUUAUGAAGAUUUUGAUGACUUU